UUCCUCGCGCCACAAUGGUCUACACAACCACCUCUCCCUCUUCUCCUCCCCGAGCCUCUCUCCCAAUCCAAUGUCUCCACCUCCACCUCGCCGCCACCUCCUGAGCCUCCUCGCUUUGGUCGCUUUCUUCCCACCGUUCCUCCUCGCCUCCUCCUCCUUCCCGCUUCCCACCAUCGCCAUAGCCGCCGUGAGCGCCAACACCAGCGCCUCCCCGCACAACCUCGCAUGCGCGCUCGUCCCCUUCGGGAACGGGACGGACUACAUGAUCUCCUGCGCCAGCGUCUCCAACCGCUCCGCCGAGCCCCACAUCUACUCUUACGGCGGCGCCGGCGGUGGAAGCACGCCGUUCUCCGCCGUCGUCGCCGGAGAUGGGUACCUCUGCUCUGCCGGACCGACUGUUUCCCCGCCGAUGGCCAUGCGGUGGUGGGACCUGACAGACAGCGAGGAGCCGUCCAAGCGGGUGUACUGGGGCAAGGCGCUGUCAGCGGUGUCCGGCGGCGGAGAGUACGUGUGCGGGCUCGUGGAGGAGAGGAUACAGUGCUGGAGGUGGUCUUCGGGGACGUUUCCGCAGAGCCUGCGGUUCUCGGCCGUAGCGGCGGGCGGCGGGUUCGUGUGCGGGCUGGCGAAAGACUCCGGCGAGGUGAAGUGUUUCGGCGGCCGAGAAGCCGUGGGGCGAGAGCCGAAGGGGAGCCAUGCCAUGCUCGCCGCGGGAGAGCGGCACGCGUGCGCGGUGAAGGCGGGGAGCGGUGAGGUUGUGUGCUGGGGUGAGGCGGCGGCGGUGGCGGCCGCGUCGCCGACGGUAGCGGGGCGUUCGGUUUCGUCGCUGGCGGUGGGAGACGCGAUCACGUGCGUGCUGUGGGGGAACUGGACGGUCGCGUGCUGGCCGCCGGAGGAGGCGGCGCCGCCGCAGCCGGUGGCGCAGCAGCAGUUUGUCGCGCUGGAGGCCAGGGGGAAGGUGGUCUGCGGGGUGCUCAUGUCCGACUACUCCCUCGUGUGCUGGGGCCCCGGCGUGUCGGGCGGGGUGAGCAAAGUGUUCGACCGCGUGCUGCCGGGCCCUUGCGCGCCGUGGACGUCGUGCACGUGCGGCGUCUGGUCGGGCUCCGCGCCUCUCUGUGGCGGCGGCACGGGAUACGCAGCCGUCUGCUACCCCUGCGGCUACAGUCCGCAGCUGAUGGUGUUGACGCCCCCUACUUCGGACUCGUCGGCGAGCUCUCACUCGAGGUGGACGAAGCGGCGGCCGAGCGACCUGGCGAUCGCGUUGAUCAGUGCCGGGAUCGGCUCGGGAGUGCUUGCCGCCAUCGCCGCGGUGGUGGCGGUCUACUGCCUUCGCCGGCGACGGAGCGGCGCCUCUCAGGACCCUGGGCGCAUCCACGCCGAGCCAAUUGGUCCGGCGCCGCGCGUGGAGCGGCGGCUCAGCGCGCUGCUCUCCAAGGGCCCGAACACGACGGUGGAGCAGUUCCCGCUGGUGGCGCUCCGGGGCGCCACGGACGGCUUCUCCCCGUCCCACCGCAUCGGGUCCGGCAGCUUCGGCGUGGUGUACCGCGCGUGCCUCCCCGACGGCCGCGAGGUGGCCAUCAAGCGCGCGGAGCGCCGCGGCCCCGUCGCGGAGUCCUCCUCCGUGGCCGCGCGGCGCGCCAACAACCACGAGGUGGCAUUCGUCGCGGAGCUGACGCUCCUCUCCCGCGUGAACCACAAGAACCUCGUCCGGCUCCUCGGCUUCUGCGCCGACGGCGGCGAGCGCAUCCUCGUGUACGAGUACAUGCCCAACGGCACCCUCCACGACCACCUCCACAAGCGGGCGGCGCCGCUCUCCCCGCCGCUGGCGUCGUGGCCGGCGCGCCUCCGCCUGGCGCUGGGCGCCGCGCGCGGCAUCGAGUACAUGCACACCUACGCCGUGCCGCCCAUCAUCCACCGCGACAUCAAGUCCCCCAACAUCCUCCUCGACGACGCCUGGACCGCCAAGGUGUCCGACUUCGGGCUCUCGCUGCUCAUCAACGACCUGAGCAGCAGCGGCGGCGGCAACGGAUGCAAUGCCGCCGCCGCCGACGACGAGCCGUGCAUGACGGCCGGCACGGUGGGGUACAUGGACCCGGAGUACUACCGGCUGCAGCACCUGACGGACAAGAGCGACGUGUACAGCUUCGGCGUGGUGCUCCUGGAGCUGCUCUCCGGGUGCAAGGUGAUCCAGCGGUUCGAGGGCAGCGGCACGCCCAAGAACGUGGUGGACGUGACCGUGCCGCACAUCGAGGCGGACCGCGUGCACCGGGUGCUCGACGCGCGGCUCCCGCUUCCGACGCCGGCGGAGAUGGAGGCCGUCGCCUACGUCGGGUACCUGGCCUCGGACUGCGUGCGGCCCGCGGGGCGCGACCGGCCCACCAUGAGCGAGGUGGUCGGCGUGCUCGAGCGUGCCGUGGCGGCGUGCGAGGAGCACGACGAUGGGGGCGGCGAGGCAGUGCUGUCGCGGUCGUGCACCGAUGGGUCCACUGCGUGACGUGGCACCCGCGCGAGGGCAUUGCUUGGGUGGAUGGAGUCUCUGGUGGCGACAACACGA